AUGCAGCCUACGAGAAUGCGGAAACCCCGCCGACAUCGGUGGUUAACGGUGUCGGUGUUCUUUAUAGCGUACUCAGUCUUCCAAGCGGUGCUGAGCAACGCGUCGGAGCCAGUCGAAGACAAAGUGGACGUGUCGCCGGUGCCUGAAAUCAAGACAACGAACUUUGAAAUAUCUAAAGCAUCUGAAGCUACUCCUGGUGUGACUAGUAAAGAGGAAAAGGGGAAUGGAAAGAAAGCCAUGAAAGGUUUAGAAGACGAGCCUGAUGAAGGAAACAAGAAGAAACAGAAAGACGCAGGUUACGAAGAGGAUAAAACUAUCGAAGAAGUUCGAGAAGAGGAGAAGAUAGAGGAAGAAGCUGACGCCAUACCCACCGUCCAUCCGCUCCGGAACUGCACUCCACCGGCCAUUGAGCAGUUCCCACGCCCACUGAUGGGACAGACGGCGCGAAGGCAUGGUGGUCUGAUACUUCACGUUUUAGUCGCUGUUUUCACUUUCAUCGGCCUAGCCAUCGUGUGCGACGAAUACUUCGUCUCGAGUCUUGACAGAAUUUGCGAAGAGUUAAAGCUAGCACCCGACGUGGCUGGCGCUACUUUCAUGGCAGCGGGAAGUUCUGCGCCAGAGCUCGCUACGGUCGUGAUUGGCGUGUUUUGUGCAAAGGAUGAUAUCGGUGUCUCUGGCGUGAUCGGUUCCGCAGUCUUCAACAUAAUGUUUGUGAUAUCUGUUUGCGCUCUCUGCGCGGGAACUGUCUCUCAUCUGAACUGGUGGCCGCUUUGCCGCGAUUGCUUUUUCUAUGCCAUCUCCAUUUUGGUCAUGGUCUGCACGAUUGCCAAUGGAUAUGUGUCUUGGCCUGAAGCGUUGUUUAUGUUGUUCAUGUAUGGCGUGUAUUGCGUAGCGCUACGCUUCAACAACGCUUUGGAGAGAUGGGCCUUAACUCUCCCUCUGCCAUUCAAGCUGCCUUCGAGAGAGGAACAGGCGGCACUCGUUACAUACAAGAGCGCAGGAGGACAACCUCCAAGUGCUCCAGCAGCAGAGGGACAGUACACGCAGAUGGACGGACAGAAUGACGGCGUGCCUAAAGAUCCAACUGCGUACAACCCAGACGGGGCGUACGACAACGUGGCGUACAACGCGGAGCCCACCCCCGUGUGGGAUCCCAACCAGGUGUGGGAUCCAGACCGCGCCUGGGAUGAGACCUCGUUGCAACAACCCGCUCAUGCACAGCCGGCCACGCAAUCGUGGGGUGACUCGAUGGCUCAACAACAAGGCCAGUCGCCCACGCAGGCGCAACAGCAGCAGCAACCGCAGCAGCCACAGCCUGUCCAACAGGCACCUGCACAGCCAGCGUAUUAUAAAGCUAAAGAGUACAAUCCAGAGACAGCUGUCGAUCCCCUCGUCAAGCCCAUUGGAGCCAAUAAAUUGCAACUGAUCUGUUGGUACGUGGCGUUCCCCGUGCACUGGUCGUGCCGCCACACGAUGCCGGACUGCCGCGGCCGCUGGUACCCUGUCACCUUCAUCAUAUCCAUGCUGUGGAUCUCCUUCUACUCCUACUUCAUGGUGUGGAUGAUCACUAUCAUUGGUUAUACUCUGGGUAUACCCGACACGGUGAUGGGUCUGACUUUCGUAGCAGCCGGAGUGUCAGUGCCCGACGCACUGUCUUCUCUCGCUGUUAUCAAAGAAGGAUAUGGUGACAUGGCUGUAUCUAACGCAGUGGGCUCUAACGUAUUCGACAUCCUGGUCUGCCUCGGCCUGCCCUGGUUCAUUCAGACCGCCAUCAUACAACCCGGGAGUCACGUCAAUGUUAUUAGCAAAGGUCUAGUGUACUCAACACUCUCCUUAUUUUCGACGGUGAUCUUCCUGGUGGUGGCGACACACGCUAACGGCUGGAAGUUGGACCGCAAGUUCGGAGCAGUGCUGAUGGUGUGGUACCUCCUCUUCAUCACCCUCGCCAGUCUGUACGAGCUGAACAUCUUCGGGAACUUCCAUCCUCCAGAUUGCGAAUCUAUGUAC